AUGCUGUACUUGACAGUGCACGUAUCUCUACUGAAUCAUACAGAUAUUCGCCCGGUACACCACUCCCUCUUCGAGCGCAAGAGCUGCCUCGGCAUCUACUGCGUGGCCGGACAGAUGCAAUGUGCUGCUCCUGUCGUCGAGCCUGUAUUUCUGCACUUCACCAACCCCGACUGCUUCAAUCUCUGGCUAGCACUCCUCCGCUCCUACGCGCAGCCCGAGGUCUACGGCCGCUGGCUGUCGCCUGCGUCCGAUGGCGGGCUUUACCGCAUGUGGCGGCAGGUCGAGCUCACCUGCCUACAAGGGCGCAACCUCGGCACCACGCGCCCUCUCUCGCCCACGUCCGACGACACGCCUUCCCCCGGCAGUGAGGAUGCCGGCGGCGGUGACCUCGCGGAUAUUGACGUGUACUGCGAGGUGUUCGUGAACGGCUGCCUGUGCGGUCGCACGACGGUGAAGCGUGGGAUCGGCGCGCCAGACUGGCAGGAGCGCUUCGUGCUCGCGGACUUGCCGCCGUUCGAGAACAUGGAGCUCGUCGUAUGGCGCGAGAAGCGGCUGGCAAAACCUGCUGUCGUGGGCAGCGUCACUAUCGUGCUUGCGAACUUCCGCCGGAGCGAGGUCGUUGAAGGCUGGUUUCCUGUGCUUGGGGGUACGGGCGGGGGCACGCAGGCUGGGGAGCUGCGGCUGAAAGUGCUCGUGGACGAGGAGAUUAUCCUGCCGUAUUCGGAGUACGCGGGCGUAGUGCAGACGUUCAGUUCACGCAACAGUCUAGACCUGAUCCACGACCUGGAGUCAAAGCUGAAGCUGAAAACCGUCGGGCCUCAUAUCAUCUCGGUGGCAAUCGCCAAGAACGUCCUCAUCGACAACAUCAUGGAGCUGAUAGAUCGCGAGGUUGACGACACGCUGUCAUUGCUCACGAAGACCAUAGAGCUGUUCAUGGCGCAGUACGGUGGGUCGUUCCUCGAGGCAAGUGUUGGCCCGCCAUUGCGCCGCCUGUGCAUGGACAAGAUCGCCAUCGAGGUCGACCCGGUGCGCAGCGGAAAGAGUGCACGGAAUACAGAGAAGAACGUCGAGCAACUUGUGUAUUGGUGCCAAGAGUUCUGGAACUGCAUAUACGAUGCGCGAACGCAGUGUCCACAUGAAAUGCGACGGCUAUUUGAGCACGUCCGCAAACUUGUCGAGCAACGGUGUCGAGUUAGCGCCGAACAUAACCGGCAGCUUCCGUGGCAAAGUGUGUCUGCGUUCUGCUUCUUGCGGUUUAUCGUCCCUGCGAUCCUGCAUCCACAUCUAUUCGGGCUUUGGCCAGGUCUUCCCGAGGCACGCGUGCAACGAAGCCUGACACUGAUCGCGAAGGUGAUACAGAAUCUCGCAAACCUGAAUGCACGGGUGCAAAAGACUGUCCAGAAGGAGGAGUUCAUGCGUGGCGUGAAGGACUUCCUCACUAACAGUCUACAGGGCAUGGUAGACUACAUCGUCGUUGUGUCUACGCCUGACUCAGAGGAGACCAGUCGAACUGCGUCGAGCUCGUCGGCGGGCAAACACGAAAAUCUACGAAUCGUGAAUGCCCUGCACCGCCGUGGUGGGGACGCCCCUGUAUUAUACCGCGAGGCGAUCCCGCUCCUCCCACAUCUACUAGACCUCCCGAAACACCUCGCGGUCAUAACCGCACUGGUCGUGCGGCAAUCGAGAGCACGUAACUAUCUCCCGUCACGCCCGCGAGAUCCCAUGCCGGAGGAAGGCCCUUUUGGCGAGUUCUGCGCCAAGUGCAUGCAGGUCGAGGAGAGGGCGGUCCGACGCGUGAGCCAGCUGGCCAACCGGCCGCGGCGCCAGAGCUCGAGCCACCCAAAUCCCCAAGCGGGAACGCAGGCUCUCGCUGUCGCGGAGGAAUCACAGGUCGUUGCGUUCGGUGCCCCGGGAGCGCGGAGACGGUGA